AAAUUAGUUGACAUCUUUGAAAUCUCCAGGUCAAUGUUCAUGUAUCCAUGGCUGGAAUAUCCAGACAGGACCAAAGACGACAACAAGCAAGGCUACGUUGCUCCCAAUCCCGGGCAACGGGCUGAGUACAGCAAAUCCAUAGGACAAGUCUUGGACACAUUGAUGGUAUCCCACAGCCUUCAAGAAUUCAGAAAAGCCAUGGCUCCUAUUCACCUGCCUUUGUCCUGCUAUAAGAAACCAAAGGAAGAGCUUCCUCCAAGUCCAGAGCGCUGGAGGCAGCACCCGAGCAAGCCCAACGCAGUCCCUUACUGCUACUCCAAGAAACCCGAGGUCUACACACACUGGCACACCCUGUAUGACCAGCGAAAAGAAAGGGAGGCCCAGAAAACCUCACUGAAAAGGAGAGGCCAUCCUAAGAACCUCAAAGACAGUGCCCAAAAAUUCCACCUCCCCAUGAGCAAGUUGACUAUAAAAUCUCAGGUAGGAUCUGGGCCCAUAGAGCCUGACAGGGAUCCUCUGAAGUGGCAAAGACUAAAGGAGCUCACAAAAGCCUUGAAAUCUCCUAGAGAAGAUGAUCAGUUCUAUGCAACACAGGCUCUGGGGUACCAUGGCAUCAAUGACAAGUUUAUUAUGAAGGCACUAUGGCAGGUGGCCCAAACUGGCCCAAAGAAAGUGAAGAAUGAGGCCUGAACCCUGGCUGUGCUGGGCUGCAUGAAUAAGCGUGUGGUCCAUGCUCUCAUCCAACAACUGAAGGAGGAAAGUAAGGUUCAAGGGAUGGAAACUCUGACAAGGCUGCGAAUGGCUCUGAACUCCUGGGCUUCUGACCCUGAAGACAAGAGGACUCAAGUCAGGAAUGAAGAAGAGCUGGUCCUUGUGCUGCAGACACUGAUGAAGUCGUCCUCAGGUGAAGCAGCCCUCGAAGCAGCCCUGUGCUUGGGUUUCCUGAGGCCUUGUAGCAACAUGGCCCAAGAGUUCUUACUGCAGUGCCUGUGCCAAGGGACCAAGACCCAGCAGAUGAAGGCACUUAGGAUGUUGGUCAAGAUCAUGCAUGUGCACUCUGCUGUAGUCACCAGGGCCAUUCUGGCCCAGCUAUGUUCUUCUAGUGUCAUUGAGGACCGCUUUGAAGCCACUCAGAUGCUCAGGACCAUUGGGCUGGAACAGAUCAAGGCACAGGGGCUAGAGAAACUCACAUUUGACCUGCUCAAGUGGAAGACACACUAUGAACCUUUCUUUGCUAUGAGGCAAGCUGUGGCUGAAACUGUGGAAGAGCUCAAGAUGAAGCCAAUGAUGAUGAACUUGGUAGAGGCGCAAUUAAUGAACCCAGAUGCCACUGCUCGACAGCAAGCAACUGUCUCUUUGGGUGUCCUGGGGAUCCGGAGCCCACAAGUAUUCCAUCUGCUCCUGGACAUGCUAGAUGCAGAGGAGAACCAGGCUGUGAAGAAAAGUCUACAAGAAACAUUAAUCAUUUGGGCCUCAACUCAUCCCUGGAUCCAAAAGAAGCUAAAGAACAAAGUUUUCUUUGUCUAUGAAGCACCUAAAACCAAAAUGAAGACAGAGCCUACACGGUUCCAGAAGGACCCUGAGAACAUAGAAGAGUUAAAUAUCCAAGACUUUCAACUCACUAAGUUGAACCCUCUGUUUGUUACAAAGGCCUGCACCAAGGUAGAUGAAAAGAAAAAGUUUCCUGACUUCCCAUCCCAUCUCUCUAAACCACAAAAACAAAAGCCAAAGACCACAGGGCCCUGGCAGCCAAAGAUCAGGCAACAGCUCUGGGCCCUUGCUGAAAUCUAUAAAUAG